CUGCCAACUCCGUAAUAUAGUACGAAGUGUCGAACAGAACUUGGUACUGACCAUCAUGUCCAGGGCUGUCUCCGUGAUCGUAGACUCGCCCGAGAUUACAAGGGCAGGUCUACAUGUUCGUCUUCCCUGGUAUACUCUCCUGUAUACACUCCCCAUCUUACCUCUUUAUCCGUUACUUGCGUAUGCAUACUACUUCAAGUACGACCAGUGGCUGGUUAGCGAAGAAUGGACGUUCUUAGCGUGCGUCACUCUCGGUGCGGGACAUGCUUUGAGUUUUUUGGUCACCCGCUGGAGUACUGGGGCAAGGGCCUGGAUAGAGACACGAAAAGCUCGUACCUUGGUGGAGGCGGAUUGUAUUCGAAUUGUCCCGCAAAUGCAUCGUGGAAUAGGAGAGAUUGUCCCUCUAAUCAAGAAAAAUCCCUCCGACCCAUCCUCGUACACGUUCAACUAUCAACGCGACACUUACAGCGUAGCCAGUAUCUCCCUAGGUAAAGACCAACUCACCUUCACCAAGCUCCCAUAUCCGUCCUCAGGACGGCCUCCUUUGACCGCUUUCCUCAAUCCUAAAUCUGUACCUGGCGUCAAGUCACCCCAAUAUGGACUCAUGGCCCUAGAGACUGAGGAACUUAAAGCGCUUUAUGGACUCAAUGAAUUCAACAUCCCCAUUCCAUCGUUCAGCGAACUCUUUUCAGAACAUGCAACCGCCCCGUUCUUCGUAUUCCAGAUCUUUUGUGUAGCCCUAUGGUGUUUGGACGAAUAUUGGUACUACAGUUUAUUCACACUUUUCAUGUUGGUAGUCUUCGAGUGUACCGUGGUCUGGCAGCGCGUGCGUUCUCUUACGGAAUUUCGCACUAUGGCGGUCACACCUUACCCGAUAAACACCUAUCGCGAUGGAAAAUGGUCCAUGAUUCAGAGUGACCAACUCCUUCCUGGAGACAUUGUCAGCGUCACUCGACAAGGUCCUCGUCCCCACCCACCAAAGGAAAGCAAAUCGAACGGAAAUAUCGCGAACAAUCCUCCUUCACCACCUCAACAACACAACUCCAGUGAAGAAACGACGGUUCCAGCUGACAUCUUACUUUUGCAUGGCCAAUGUAUCGUGAAUGAGGCAAUGUUAUCUGGAGAGAGCACACCCCUUGUCAAGGAAGGUGCUGACCUCUUAAUUGACGAGCAAGCGCAAGGAGUCGGGUUGGAUGUGGAUGGUGCGCAUAAGGGAAUUGUAGUCUUCAGCGGCACGAAGAUUUUGCAGGCCAGUGGAAGGGCAAAUGCCACAGAUGGUAUUCCUGAACCGCCAUUGAAAACACCAGAUGGUGGGUGUCUGGGUGUCGUUCUACGCACUGGAUUCGGGACGGCACAAGGACAGUUGGUCAGGACUAUGAUUUUCUCUACUGAACGUGUUUCCGCGAACAAUAUGGAAUCCUUUUUAUUUAUUGGGUUCUUGUUAGUAUUCGCCAUCGCUGCCAGUGCUUACGUGUGGAUCAAGGGUAUUGAACGCGAUUUGAAGAAGAGCAAACUUCUACUGGACUGUGUUCUUAUCAUCACUAGCGUUGUACCACCCGAGCUUCCCAUGGAAUUGUCGCUGGCAGUAAACGCGAGUUUAGUAGCGCUGAGCAAGUUUGCUAUUUUCUGUACCGAGCCAUUCAGGAUUCCGUCUGCCGGACGAGUGGAUGUCUGUUGCUUUGAUAAAACGGGGACUAUAACUGCUGAGAAUCUGGUCUUGGAAGGGGUGGUUGGCGUCAGUGCAUAUUCUAAACAAUUGGUCAAUGUAAGAGAAGUUACUAGAGAAACUACUUUCUGUCUUGCAGCCGCACAUGCACUCGUUCGUAUAGACGAUGGUACAGUUGUCGGGGAUCCGAUGGAAAAGACAACUCUGGAGAAAAUGGAGUGGCGGGUUGGCAAAGGCGAUAUCAUUUCCCCGCUGGAUCCCAAGGCAUCCUACAAGGCCAGCAUAAAUAUUCGAAGGCGAUUCCAGUUCAGCUCCGCUUUGAAACGCAUGUGCACUGUAUCAACACUUCAGGCAGGAGGGAUUAGUACCCUCGUCGCCGUCAAAGGUGCUCCUGAAACAAUUAAGACCAUGUUGGCAGUUGUACCGGCUGGAUAUGACGAUAUCUACAAAGGCUAUACGAGGAAAGGAAGCAGAGUCUUGGCGUUGGCUAUGAAGGAGAUGGAACCCAUGAAUGGCGAGCAGAUCAAUAAGCAUGCCAGAGAGACAUAUGAGAGUAGUCUGAAAUUCGCUGGUUUUCUGGUGUUCCAUUGCCCUCUCAAGGCGGAUGCGGUUGACACUUUGAAGAUGUUGGCAGAUUCUUCACAUCGAUGCAUCAUGAUUACUGGUGAUAAUCCAUUGACAGCUGUUCAUGUUGCCAAAACUGUGGAAAUCGUGGACCGGGAAGUUCUGAUUUUAGAUCUGAGGGAAAAUGCGGUACAUGAUCGCGAUCUCGUUUUCCGCACCGUCGACGAAAGUAAAAUCAUCUCGGUUGACCCCUCAAAACCCAUCGAUGUGUCCUUAUUCGAUGAGUAUGACAUUUGCAUUACCGGAGCUGCUAUGAAGCAGUACGAGACGCAACCAUCUUGGAACGAUCUCGUUCAGAAUACUUGGGUGUAUGCCCGUGUUUCUCCCUCUCAAAAAGAGUACAUUCUGACCUCCCUCAAAUCCAAUGGAUAUGUCACCCUCAUGGCUGGCGAUGGCACUAAUGAUGUCGGAGCGUUGAAACAAGCUCAUAUCGGUGUGGCGUUACUGGAUGGCACUCCGGAAGAUUUACAGAAGAUUGCUGAACGACAACGAGUCGAAAGAAUCAAAAAUGUCUAUGAAAGCCAGUUGAAAAUUUCUGCGCGAUUUAACCAGCCACCACCACCUGUUCCACCUGCUAUCGCGCACAUGUUCCCGGACGCUGUGCAAGCUCAGCAGAGAGCUGCUGCCAACCAAAUGACCGCAAGGAGAGCGAACCCGAUGGAGAAGUUCGACCUGAACGCUAUCACGGACAAGUUGGCCGAGAUGGAAGGCGAGCAGGACGUGCCCAAAAUCAAGCUUGGGGAUGCUUCUUGUGCUGCACCUUUCACUUCGAAGCUUUCUCAUGUUGCUGCUGUCACUCAUAUCAUCCGACAAGGACGCUGUACUCUAGUUGCCACUAUCCAGAUGUACAAGAUUCUGGCGUUGAAUUGUCUGAUCACUGCAUACAGUUUGAGUGUUCAAUACCUUCAAGGAAUCAAAUAUGGCGAUUAUCAAGUCACGAUUACUGGAAUGUUGAUGUCGGUCUGUUUCCUCUGCAUUUCACGAGCCAAGCCUGUGGAGAAAUUAUCGAAAGAGAGACCGUUAGGGAACAUCUUCAAUUUCUACGUUCUACUCUCUGUGCUUUUGCAGUUCGCACUUCACAUCGUUGCCCUUGUGUAUAUCACGAAUCUUUCGGAACUAUACGAUCCUCGGACUGGACCCAUCGACUUGGAAGCAAAGUUUACUCCCAGUUUAUUAAACACUGCGAUUUAUCUGCUUGGUCUGCAACAGCAGGUAUCUACGUUUGCUAUCAAUUUCCAGGGCCGACCGUUCCGGGAAGGGAUCCGCGAGAAUCCUGCACUGUAUUGGGGACUCGUAGGCGCGAGCGCCGUUGCUAUCUCUGGUUCAACCGAUUUCAUGCCGGAGCUAAACAGAUGGUUGCAAAUAGUAGAGAUGGAGGAUUCAUUCAAAAUCAAGCUCACUUUGAGCAUGGUAAUCGACUUUGUUGGAUGCUGGAUUAUUGAACUAGGUUGCAAGUACCUCUUCGCGAAUUUGGAGCCUAAACCGAUGAUCACUAGAGGUCGUGCGAGAAGAGAAGCUCGGAGGGUACUUCAGGAGAGCGAACGUGCCGCUGCUGAAAAUGUAGUCACCUCUGUUGCUGAAAAGAAGGUUCAGUGAUCAAGUACGGAUAUUGUUUCUUUCACUCCCCCGAUAUAAUCGAUGUAUAGUAAUGGAUCGUGGAGGACGGAUGUUCCAAGUCCAGCCAUCAAUUAAUUGCUAUUAGUUGCUACCAU